AUACUAUCUAAGCUACAAGCCACCAUGUCAGUUAACCGCCCUAUGGGUGGUCCUACCAUAGACAUAUGUUAUUCCAGCACGAUUCCGCUAAGUGGUGUUCUAUUGCCAACCGAACUAGUCCUGAAAGUCUUAUCUGAGCUCAACCUAGACACCCUACUGCAGUGCAAGCUGGUUAGCAGAGCCUUCUAUGGCGUAGCAAGUGAUCCCACCCUAUGCAAGCGACUGCAUUUACUACAACGCAUGUACAUCCGGAGGAAGUCAAAUGAACAGCUGUUCGCAUUCGCAGCGAGGUUCCCGAUGUUGGAGGAGUGGGACUUUCGGUUUCACAAGUCGAUGGAUGUCAAUAAAGACCUCGUCGAAGGGCUUUGCGAUAUACUUCCAGGCCUCAAACACAUACAAAUAGCACCCCAGCUCAGUUGUAUGAGUCAACGGCUGUACGAACUAGUCACCUUCUACUACCCGAAUAUAACAGAGCUGACUAUACAUGCUACGUCGACAGUUUAUCCAUCGAGCGCAUCACUGUCAUCUCUGGUGAGUCUGAAUGUAAUGUCAAGGGCUCUACCUUGUAUAUCGUCUCCCAGUCUAAAGCGCUUGCAGGCAGGGAUACUGGAGUCGGGAGCGGUACAGAGUUUAAUCACCGGGUGCCCGAAAUUACUUGAUUUGCGCUUGCACAAACAGGAUUUAGACGAAGAACUUUUGAGUGUUUGUCUGACCAGACUCCAAGUAAAUACGGUCGUGCAUACCAGGGCCUUAGUGAGUUGCCCAUCACUCCGUAGGUUUGAUGCUGCUCGAAUCGCUGAGGGUGUGGGUAGCUCUACCGUCACUGAAGUGAACACCGCCAUUCGAGAUAUGCGCUGUGAUUUGCUAAAACAAGGAUUUCCUCAGUGUCGACGAUUAGUAAAUAUCAGCGACAAAGUCUUACGUACAGCAAGAAUCCCUCCUGGCUUCCGAUCGGACCAUCUGGAAGUGUUACUGAACAUCGCAGAGCUGCCGCAAGAGUGUUUUCUGCCCAAUCUCAGAGUGCUCGAGAUAGCCAUGCCGGAGGACUCGACCUUCUGCUUUAGGUUUCCGCACCUCACUCGGCUCACGGUGGGACUGUUCAAGGACAAACGGUCCCUGGUAAAGACUGUAGAGGGCUGUCCAUUUUUGACCCAGAUUCGGUUCUUAAACAAGAGGGGUAUGCCUUGGAGAGUGGGUAUCGCAGGCAGUGCCGACGACAAAUGGCACGAACUGGCCCAAUUGGGUUUGCGGACUGAUGUGGAGUUCAAAUUAGGGUAG